AUCGACAUGAUGUUUUAAAAUAUAUAUUUAGAGGUGUAAAGCCUGCUUUGCAAUUCCUUUUGAGUAAUUCUCACAAAAUUCUUUUUUAACACUUAUAAACAGGAAACAGACCGGCGUCAUGGAAGAAAUUGGAAUAACUUUACCUGAAAAAGAAGACUCUGGGCUGACAGAAUCUCGUCCAGGAACUGCUCAAGCAGUGGCACAUGUAGAUCCUCUUGCCAUUGAUAUUGAAGAUUUGUAUGUGAAAUAUAAGAAACUUCAACGACAAUUGGAGUUCCUAGAGGUUCAAGAAGAAUACAUCAAAGAUGAGCAGAAAAACUUAAAGAAAGAAUAUCUACAUGCCCAAGAGGAGGUUAAACGCAUUCAAAGUGUACCACUAGUGAUUGGACAGUUUCUUGAAGCUGUUGAUCAGAACACAGGAAUUGUUGGAUCAACAACUGGAUCUAACUACUAUGUGAGAAUAUUGUCAACAAUAGACAGGGAAUUGUUGAAACCAUCAGCUAGUGUAGCCUUACAUAAACACAGUAAUGCGUUGGUUGAUGUGUUACCACCUGAAGCUGAUAGUAGCAUAACUAUGCUGGGAGCAGAUGAGAAGCCAGAUGUAGCUUAUGCAGACAUUGGAGGUAUGGACAUUCAGAAACAGGAAGUUAGAGAAGCUGUAGAACUACCACUUACACACUUUGAUCUCUACAAACAAAUUGGUAUUGAUCCACCAAGAGGUGUACUUAUGUACGGUCCACCUGGCUGUGGCAAAACUAUGUUAGCAAAGGCAGUGGCACAUCACACUACAGCUGCAUUUAUUAGAGUUGUUGGAUCUGAGUUUGUCCAGAAAUACCUGGGUGAAGGUCCACGUAUGGUCAGAGAUGUGUUCAGACUUGCAAAGGAAAAUGCUCCAGCUAUUAUAUUUAUAGAUGAAAUUGAUGCUAUAGCAACCAAAAGAUUUGAUGCACAAACUGGAGCUGACAGAGAAGUUCAAAGAAUUUUACUAGAGUUACUUAACCAAAUGGAUGGCUUUGAUCAAACAGUCAAUGUGAAGGUGAUUAUGGCCACAAACAGACAUGACACUUUAGAUCCAGCUUUACUUCGACCAGGUCGUUUAGAUCGUAAGAUAGAAUUCCCGAUUCCAGAUCGUCGUCAGAAACGUCUUAUAUUCUCCACUAUCACUGGUAAGAUGAACCUUAGUGAGGAAGUUGACCUGGAGGAUUAUGUUGCCAGACCAGACAAGAUCAGUGGAGCUGACAUUAAUGCUAUCUGCCAGGAGGCUGGUAUGCAAGCUGUUAGGGAGAACAGAUAUGUUGUUCUGGCCAAGGAUUUCGAGAAGGGAUACAAAAAUAAUAUCAAGAAAGAUGAAACUGAGCAUGAGUUCUAUAAAUAAACUGUCCUUGAACUUUAAAACUUAUUGGACCAAGUUCUGAAAACGUUUUCCGAUAUUGUACAAGUGCUAUGUAAUAACUACAAUAUUUAUAUAUGACUGGAUCUCACAUUAUGCCUAAAUACAGAUCCAGAUGGUUCAGUCUUUGAUUUAAUGGAUGUUUACUUCUUGUUCAGAGUCAAAUACAAUUAUUAAACAUG